AUGUCUCAUGCUGACCACACAAGAGAUCCAUGUCCAUGGGUCAUAUUGAAUGACUUUGGAGGCGCAUUUGCUAUGGGCGCUGUCGGUGGCGGUAUAUGGCACGGUAUCAAGGGCGCACGAAACUCCCCUAGGGGUGAACGUUUGGUCGGUGCCAUAUCUACAAUCAAAGCACGUGCCCCAGUCACAGGUGGCAACUUCGGCGUUUGGGGAGGCAUGUUUUCCACUUUUGAUUGUGCCGUGAAAGGUUGGCGGCAAAAAGAGGAUGCUUGGAACGCUAUUAUUUCGGGUUUCAUGACGGGUGGAUGUUUGGCCGCACGAAGU